UCUCAUCCCAAAUCUUGCACAUGUUAAACCACAGCAAACACAAUUUAUUUAAUUCCUUUCUUCACCCCAAUCUCUCUUUUUUCCUUUUAAUUCACAAAAAGAGAUAAAACAUAAAAGGAAAAAAAACCAUAGCAAUCGAGUUCUAAGACCAUCUUUAGUGCCUUUGAACAAUAUUGAAUUUUAUACAGACAUUCUGCCAGAGCUCAAAGUUUUUCACGAUCUUUCAGAGGUGUUCAGAAGAAUUGGAGAAGGAAGUGUGCCCAUCAUGAGGAGAACGAUCAUGGUGACACAAAUGAUGGUUGUGAUGACGAUGAUGAGGAUGAUGAUUGCUGCAAUUGCAGAUGAUACUAAUGGUGUUUUUAGUCCUUGUGAGGAUUCAAAAGUACAGAAAUCAGAUGGAUUCACCUUUGGUCUUGCGUUCUCGAAGAAGGAAUUUUUUUUCUUUGAUAAUGUUCAGCUUUCGCCCUGUGAUAGUCGGCUUGCCUUAGCCAGUAAAAUGGCCCAACUAGCUGUAUUUAGGCCAAAGGUGGAUGAGAUUUCUCUCCUUACCAUCAAUGGUAGCACUCCUCUUGCAGCAGGUGGAUUCAUGGUAGCAUUUGCAGGAAGGAAGUAUGCAGCCAGGUCAUUUCCAGUAAUGGUUGCAGAUGAUCGAAAUACCAUAACUAGUUUCACUUUGGUACUUGAAUUCCAUAAGGGUACUCUUCAAAAUUUACACUGGAAAAGUUUUGGUUGUGAUUCAUGUUCUGGGGAGUCUGCUGUUUGCCUCAACAAUCAAGACUGUGCAAUGCCAACCACAAAAUGUGGGCAUACUGGGUGCAGCUUGGGCAUACAGUUAGCAUUUUCUGGCACAGACAAGAACCUUGAACCACUGAAUUCAUGGUAUGAAGUGAACAACCUUCGCCAAUAUUCUCUCUAUGGCCUAUACUCAGAUCUGCGUGAUUCGAUUACCGAUUCUAUUCCUGGUUUUAUUUCCCACCAAUAACAAGCUUUUCUAAGCCUUCCACUGGCUUAUUCAACAGCUGAGGAUGAACACGAUGGGCCUGAACUAAAUUAUAUGUAUAACUAGGAAGCUAAAUAGGCCGGAGCUAGUUACCCGUCCAUGUCAAUGUAUAGCUAGUUUAGCACAAGAAUGCGAUGGAUAUUUGGCUGUUGUUAUGAAUUGGUUGGACUUUGCCCAUAUCUUUCAGGGAAUUGUGCACAGAAUGGUUUCAAAGAAUAUUAGGGGGUUGCUUCGCCGUUCAUUUUCUCCACUUUAUGCAUCCGAAGCUGACAAUGAUGAGU